AAGGCAUAAUUGGCUGUCACCAUUUACCAACCUGCAGCAACCACAGGUAAUUAUUUUUCCUCUGCUCCCAUCCUACGGCCAUCAUCCAUUCCCAUAGACCAAUCCCAGCCGUUCAAUAAAUUAACUUCAAUUACGCUUUUGCCCCCCCGUGCGGGCAUUUUUUUAAUUUUUUCUGCUUCGAGGUUCUCUCGCCCAAAUAUAAACAAAACAAACCUCCCUCUCUCUCUCUCUCUCCUGCUUUUGUUUUUAGCUUUCUGCUUGAAUGGAGGGGCCUUAAAAAUUCUCUCUGCUUUGCGAUUCCUCCUUUUCCUACAGUGUGUUGCUCCGAGCUCUGAUCCUCUUCUUCUUUUAAGCUGUUUUGUUGCUUCUGCUCUUGAUAGUAUAUCUUCAGAUUCGUCGACGUUAUAGAAUUUUGAACUUAAUGUUUCUGUGAUGGCUUCAUCAUCGGAUUGUAUAUCUCAGAGUGGUUCAGGGUUGAAAGAACGCAAUUACUUUGGGUUGUCUGAUUGUUCCUCUGUGGACAGCUCUGUGGUCUCAAGUGCGCCGGUCGAAAGCAAGAAUAAUCUGAAUAUGAAGGCCACAGAAUUGAGGCUUGGUCUUCCAGGAUCACAAUCCCCCGAUAGAGAUUCUGACUUCUCCCUAUUAAAUGCAGUUAAGCUUGAUGAGAAGCAGUUGUUCCCCUUGGUUCCUUCCAAGGAUGGAAUCUGCACUUUGUCACAAAAGGCAAUAGCAACUGGAAACAAAAGAGGAUUUGAUGAUACUGUCAAUGGGUUUUCUGAAUCCAAAAGUACCAUUUUUACUGAAGGCAACUGGAUGUUCAAUGCUCCAGGUUCUGAUCCUGGACAAGCAAAAUUAGCUGGUAAUGUGAUUUCCAACAGGCCAUCAGGGACUCAAUCAACUAUUAAAUCUGAAGUACCGGUGAAAACAUUACAAGAAAGCACUAACAAGAUAAUUGGUUCUAACACUGCUAGUGCACCUGCUGCUAAGGCUCAGGUUGUUGGUUGGCCUCCAAUCAGAUCUUUUAGGAAAAAUUCUCUGGUCACAACCUCAAAGAACAAUGAUGAAGUUGAUGGUAAACCUGGUCCAGCGGCUCUUUUUGUUAAGGUCAGCAUGGAUGGUGCUCCAUAUCUGAGGAAGGUGGAUCUCAGAAUGUACUCGACAUAUAAAGAACUUUCUUCUGCACUUGAGAAAAUGUUCAGCUGCUUCACUAUAGGACAAUGUGGACCUCAGGGAGCUCCAGCCAGGGAAAUGCUAAGUGAGAGUAAGUUGAGGGAUCUUCUUCAUGGGUCGGAAUAUGUGCUGACUUAUGAGGAUAAGGAUGGGGACUGGAUGCUUGUUGGAGAUGUUCCAUGGGAGAUGUUCAUUGCUUCAUGCAAGAGACUCAAAAUUAUGAAAGGGUCUGAUGCUAUUGGAUUAGCUCCCAGGGCUGUGGAGAAAUCCAAGAACCGGAACUAAAACUCAAUAAGGAUGGUUGCUUUCUGUUGGCGUUGUCAGGUGUCAUUUAGAGGAUGAGCAGAAAAGCAUCGAGUUUCCCAUGAUUAAGGGAGUGAUGUGCCAGAAUGGUUCGUCAUGGGGUCAGAUAUCAAUUUUAGAUGUCUUCUCAUAUGUUUUCCUGCGUGCUUGCUACGUCUACAUCUUUAUUUGGUGUUUAUCCUAAAUCUCGAUUUCUUAGUUGAGGCACAAUAGUUCAUACUUGAAAUGUUUGUGAAGGUUAUACUUCUAUUGGAAGAAAGCUCUACCUUAUGUGUGUGAUCUAAUACUUGUUAGAUAUGUUGCAAUUGUUAGGUUGGGCUGCGGCGCAACUGUUUCUUUGUGUUGAUUAUAUCACAAUAUGUUCGUUUGAAUCAGGGAUCGGUCUGUUGAGAUUCUCUCUUCAGCCCAGAUUU